GGCCCCCAAAAAGAAUUCGCGUGGUGGGCACGCGAGUAAGGGCGUCCUAGCCGACUCUCGCCGGCUUUGUCGCUGUUGUCCUGAGUCAUCCCGGCUCAAAAUGGGCUCGUUCGUGGGACAUCUCUUUCCUGGUCUUGCGUUUAUCUUCUACGGACUGGUGACGCUCCUUCACGCUUCUCAUCACUUUCAUAGAGGCCAGAGAAACAAAGGCCGUCGCCUCGGAAAGCGAUCACUGGGGAGAACAAGAAUUCCUCCUUGGUGCGGGAUAUCAUCUCCAUGCUGCUACUUUCCUCUGGAGCCCCUUACAAAGGUGUUGCUCCCCCUGGGAGGUAUCAUUGGUGAAAUUGCACAUGCUAAAUUUAGCCUGUACUCGGGAUCCCGUUUGAUUAAUGUCAACAACUUUGGGCAUAGUGCAAUGUUCACACCUUUUGUUAUCAGUGGUGUCAUCGACUUGAUUGGUUGUGUAGUUCAUCUGCCUGCCAGGUCGCAAAAACUUUUUGUUGCGUUUGCGUUUGCCCUAGAGUUUCUUGCAUUUGCUCUUCAUCUUGAUGGGAGGUCACGUUUGGAAACACAAUGUCACGUCUUGUUGUCAAUUGCUUGUGCUGCGUGUUUUAUGUUUGCUGCAUUGGAAAGUUGUGAUCCAUCCAAUGUUUGCUAUUUUAUUGGCAGAGGUCUGUUCACUGUUGUUCAAGGGACCUGGUUUAUUCAGCUUGGUUUAAUUCUGUAUGGAUGGCCACCUUGGGACGAUAAUGAGCAUGGAAUUUUGGAAUUGGCUUCUGUUGCUUUCCUCUGGCAUGUUAUUGUAAAUGUUCUCCUCAUGUGUUUGCUGUUCUUCCUGACUUGGUUGACUAUGGGCACAUGCAUCCAGUCCACCAGUUGCUGUGUGGCUCCACCUGAAGACAGAGCUGAUGUGCUGAAUGAAAAGGUUCAACCUAAGAAUGAUCAUGAAUUUGAAAUGGUUAGUCCAGGAGAUGAAGAAGAGAUGACAGUCUGAUUUAUUUAGGAGUUAGCAUUAUUCACAUGUAUUUGUUGAGUAAAUGCCAAAUUGAAGCUUUACAAGACACAUUCCCAGCUAUAUGUUUGCCUCCAAUUUUAUCAAUUUUUAACCGUUUGGUGCUUAUACAGUCUUGCAGUUGAUUGGAAUACAGUUGUAAUACAAAUCACAAUUGAUUAAAAUUUAUUGUAUAUCAUA